CCCACACCAACUCACCAACUCGGGUGUUCCCCUCUCCUCGCUUUUCGUAUAUGCGAGUGAGAGUGAACCUGCACUGACCGAGGUAUUCUCAUUUUACUCGGGACGUAAAAUAAGAGGCUCUGUAUUGGCUCUAUGACGCUCAGCAUCUCGAUUGAUCCCACAAAUCCGCACGGCUCGGAUAGCUCUCUGACGGACGAGGAGGACUCCUCGGUCGUGCAAGUAUCCGUGCCUUCAGACGGAAGCCAUGAAUACCAGGACUAUGAUGAGUGGGCGCAUCUGUCAUAUCCAGAUGAAUUGAAACCGUCUGAUUCAGCCUCUCGACCAAGGACCUCGCACCGUAACCGCUCGCUCCACGGUUCGCGCUCGGCUUCGGGCCGCCGCCAACCACCGCGCCGCCAAAUGAUUUCCGAACGCGAGUCCCUGGGCUCUCGGGCCCGACGACACCGUUCCCCGGAGUCGCCCGACAGCGCAGACUCGGAGGAAUAUCCGGAAGGAUAUGCGCGAAACCCUCAUGACCGACGGUGGCCCCCUGCCCCGCCUGCCGCAGGCUAUGCGCCGAGCGCUUCUUCUGGCCCAUCCUUCAACGCCUAUCCGCCUGGACAUGCUCCCUACCCACCCCCUAACGGCCCUCUACCGUCUGACCAACUCAUUCGCUUCGGUCACGCCAACCCGGUGAGCCAGCCGUAUGGCCCUGGCCCCUAUCCGGACCAUCGUCCGGCGCUCCUAUGUAUCCCCCAUUCUAUGCGCAAGAUCAAGCGCACCGACAUCCUCGACAGCCACCCCAGUCACGAAUCGAUCCGCACAACCCCCCUCAACACCCCCCUUCACCCCAUGGGCGCCCAUGGGCCUUCACCCUAUGCGAGCUCACCUUUCCAUCAUGAGAUGAUGCCAUAUGCCCCCAAUGCAUAUUACAACUACCGCGAUCCCUAUUCUAUGGUUCAGGGAAUGAUGCCGCAGUCUUACUUUCCUUCGUAUCCUCAGGUGACUUCUCCGACUCAGCCGGAGGCAGCAUCAUCCCCAGCUCCUCCACCCGCAGACGCUGCGAAGGAUGAAGCGAUUGCACGUCUGGAGAAGUUGAUUCUGGAUGAACGCACGGAACGUGAAAGCAAGGAAGCGGCCCGUCUCGCUGCGAUCGAGCGCGAGGCCGCCGAGGCCGCCGCCAAAGAGCAGCAACUUGCGCACGACCGGAAAAUCGCCGAGGAGGCUGCUUUACUGGCUCGCGCAGAUGCCGAAAAGAAGGCCGCCGAUGAUGCAGCCAAGGCAAAAGAAGAAGCUGAGAAAGCUGCUGCCGCUGCCGCCUCGGAAGCAGCGGCUGCGGCAAAGGCGGCAACGGCAGCCGCUGCAGAAGCUUCGACCAAACCUGCCCCGGAGAAGAAAAAACCUAUCAAGUUCAAAGAUGCCGUGGGCCGGAAAUUUAGCUUUCCCUUUGAGCUGUGCAGCACAUGGCAGGCAAGUAACCCCCGAGUCCUCCCUUUCCAAGUCUUAGGAAUGGAAGAUUUGAUCAAACAAGCCUUUCUUCAUAUCGAGGUCAUUGGGCCUCACGUCGCGGAGGGGCACUACGAUCUUGUCGGCCCCAAUGGCGAUAUCAUUCUACCUCAGGUUUGGGAGACGGUAGUCGAGCCCGACUGGACAAUCACCAUGCACAUGUGGCCGAUUCCAGAGAAGCCGAAGGAAGCCGACCCAUCUCCUGCCGCAGAUCCGCCGCCUGCGAAGCCGGAUGGUGCCCCAGCUGCAUCGGAGAAGAAGAAAGAUGGAGGUAUGUGCUCGAUCCUUUCCGCCAAAUGGUUGACCCUACACGCAAUCUCCUACACGGGCUUGAUAAAUGCUAAUGACCGAUAUUCAGGUAGCAAGAAACCCAAAGCGAAAGUCGCCACUCCCAUGGCCGGGGGAUUUGCCAAUUGGAUGAUGGGUGGUCGCAACCCGCCGAGGGUCAACAAGGCCCCUAAGGCCGAGAAAAAGGCCGAACCAGCGGCCCAGUGA